AUGAAGCAUCACAAAGGCUUCGAAAAGUCCCACCGGGAGGCGAGGCCGCGAGAUUCUCCGGAUGACCUGCCUCCAAGCAGAGAAAAGCCCAACAGGACAGGAUUACAGGAUUACUUCAUCAAAGGUGAAGGCAUUCAUCGGGACGUGCUUCAGCGACAAAUAUGCUUCAUGCUUGGUAAUGAAGCAAGGUCAAAACCCUCAACAUACAAAGGUGUCCCAGGCUUUCUUAUAACAGCAGUGCGACCUUUUACAGAGAACCAACUCGAGGAUCUCAUCGACAUAUCUCGGGAGUAUUUAGACGAGAAACGACAGUAUGAGCAUACACAAAAGAAGCACAAAAAGCCUGUCGGAGAGCUUCCUUUCGAGCAGUCUGAAACGGACCGGCGUCACCGCCAUCAACAGGAGCAAUCGAGAGAGCAUUCUGACAGAGCCCCCUAUCCCCCCGACAACUAUCAGGUGUCAAGCCCACCAGGACCGUUCAUUGAUUCUUCCUAUACACCGCAACCCGGACAAGGAUAUUCACAUAGGCCUGGCUACCAACCUGGACCACCGAUGCCUAAUCCUACUUACCCACCUUCAGGACCCCCAAAUCCCCGGGCAUUUCCACAGUACGAUUCAACGGGACCGUAUGCAGAUACUAGAGCCCCACAGAGAGACCCAUACCAGCAGCCCUAUGGCAACCCACCUGGUGGAGAAUACGUUGUAGACCCCAGGGAUCCAAGGAACCCACGGUACAUACCGCCCAUUCAUGAGAUGGGCCGAGGACAUGCUCAGAUGUACCCCGCGGCAACCAUGGCGCCUGUGGAUGAGCCUAUGUUUGAUGCAUAUCCUUCACACAUGGAGAUAGACCCCAAUCCGUACCAACAUCAAGCACGUGGACAGGCAGGCGGCGCCUACCAGCCCCCACGCCGAGCGCCUACCGAUGAUGAUGAUCCUUAUUAUCCUAAGCCAAGGUACGAGGUCGUGCCGCCCAGAGAUGAUAAACGCCGCCGAGAUGGACGUGAUGAUGAUUACCACCGUCGCCCAGGGCGAUAG